AAGAUAGUCGGAUACUUUCCUCGAGCGGUACGACUUUGAAAGCAACCAAGAACUCAUAAACCUACUGAAAAGGAUUCGAAAAUGGGAACGAUCGAGACGUGGAUGAUGAAACACUCUCUGCUCUUCGCCGGAGCCACCCGACACCCUUUCAUUCGGAGCAUCCGAGACGGCACCCUUCACCUCUCUGCCUUCAAGCGCUGGCUUUGUUGUGGAUUGCCUUAUUGGAUGGUCCAGGAUCAUGCAUAUAAGGAACAAGAUUAUAUAUUUGUUAGUGCAUUUGUGCCAUUUGUUGCAAGCGUGUUAUUGAAAGCUUGGAAAGAGUCAGAUGAUAAUUCUGAUAUGGAAAUCAUAUUGAAUGGUCUGGCCACUUUGGAGGGUGAGCUCAAGUGGUUCAAGAAUGAGGCCUCCAAAUGGGGUAUUAGCCUAUCCAGCAGUGUUCCUCUUAAGGCAAACCUUGACUAUUGCAGCUUUGUUGAGAGCUUAAUGAGCUCGGAUGUUGAAUAUACAGUAGCCAUAACAGCCUAUUGGGCCAUUGAAGCUGUUUAUCAAGCUAGUUAUUCCCACUGUUUGGAAGAAGACUCUAAUACUCCAGCAGAGUUGAAGGAAGCCUGUGAAAGAUGGGGCAAUGAUGUUUUUGGUCAAUAUUGUUUUUCCCUCCAGCAAAUAGCUAAUCGCUGCCUAGCCAAGGCACCAGAUGACCUGGUCUCGAAAGCUGAGGUGGUUUUUCUUCGUGUUCUCAAACAUGAAGUUGAAUUUUGGAAUAUGAGUUGUGGUGGAACUUGAGUACUCCUAUCAUAGACAUGAUAUAACAUGAUUAAGCUGUCGUUGCUGUGAAUCAAUAAAAGGGAUAAAUAUCUUUGUUUUUCUUGUGUUGGGCUGGUAAGGGUUUGUGGAGAAUGUUGAGAGACUCAGCUGUGUUCAUGCUUUCUUGAGUUGUCUUUUACCUAUUUGCAUGAAGUAGACAAGUUUGAAUCUAUAUUUUGCCCAUAUGCAUGGUUUAUCAAGCUGUAGCUAACAAUUUUUAGUUUGUGAUUGAAAUUCAACCUCAACUUAGUACAGAAGCAUUCCAUUGAUCUGAAUUGGUUUGUAAGCUGUGGAGGAUCAUUUUAUCUACGUUCAAUGAACUCUGAGUCCCCGAUUUGCUAUAAUACUGGAUUGUAGUCAAACUGGAGCAUGCCAACGGAAGUUGUUAUAAGAGGCAGAGGCUGGUGAGAAACCUGCCAUGGCUGUGAAUUACACCGAGGAAUGUCUCUCUGAUACCCGCAAACAUAGCUACAGACAAUUUCCAGGGACUCCAACCUCUUCGCCAAUUUGUCAUGCUGCUCUUUUAACAUCUGGUUCUCCAGCUCCACAGUUAUGGAUGUUCGCUUGAGGUAACUGAUUUUCUGAACAAUCUCGUUGUUUCUCUUGCCUAGAAAAGCGAUUUCACGAUUGAGAUCCUUGAUGUGCUGUUCUCUUCUCAUCCUUGAUCGCCUUGCUGAUUCACGAUUUGAGAUCUUUCUCUUCCUCUUCUUCUCAUCCACCAUUGCAUACUGAUCGUCCCCUUCUGAUAACAAGCUUGCUAGUUGUGGCAUUUUGGUUGGAUCUUUGAAGUUGUAGAGGUUACAGAAGAGCUACUUCAGGAGAAAACAUAAAACCAGUACAGGAAAACAACAGAAAAGGAUUGAACAAGGAGGAAUAUAGAGCUCAUAUGAUGAAGAGGAUCAGCUAUGGCUUAUCCCGCAAGGAGAAAGCCGAGAAACCAUGGCCAGUAAUUAACUUCAAAAGAGCUUUGAAGCAGCAGAAAAACCAGACUUGGUGGGCUAUGACUAGCAAAGAUGAUGAGGGUGGCUGUGAAUGAGUGAUACCAUUUAUAGGAUUUAUGUUGGUGCAACGAAUGCUCCUUGUUAGAACAUCUGGCAAUGGCAUGGCAUUUCUUGACUUUGCAAGACAAAACCGCAGCCAAAUUGACAGCAAGAAGAUGGCUUUGCUCGGAUAACCAUCAACUUUAUGAACCUGUAAUUUUCCAAGAAGAUUCCAGAAAUCUGUUUACGUAUCCUCAUUUUGCUCAUAUCUUGGAAUAGCUGUUUCUGGAGAUGAUUUGCCUUCGUCUUUUAUCACAGGAAAGCACACCGAUGGUGUACUUGCAAACCCCAAAAGCAGAGCAAGAAAAAAAAAUAUACAUUUAUUUUUUAUUUUUACCCUAUCCACUCUCUUUUGUCUUUUGCUUUAUGCAAGCCUUUUGUAGACGACUACUUGGACUUCAAUUAGUGAUAUCCACCCACUAAAUACUUUAAGAAUAAUCAAAGGGAAACGUGCAUGAAGACUUUUGCGUCAA